CAGAAAGUGUUCGAAUGUGGACAAACAUCUACGCUAUAAAGAACAAUGCCGUCGUCCAAAGGAGAGCGCACUGACCCGAAGCUGGCCGAGGAGGCCAAGGAGGAGGUCAAGAACAUGGAGAAAGGCGGCGGAAAGGGGAGCUGGUCGGCAUGGAAAGCGGGCGAGAUGAGCAAACGGUACGAGGCAAAGGGCGGUGACUACAAGGAUACUGGCGACAACAAGAACAAGGCAAAGAAAGGCGACCCAGAACCCAAAAAGGACGCGGCGAAGGGCGAAAAGGGCAGCAGUAAAGGCGCGAAAGAUGCAAAGAAGACCAAUGGCCAAAAAGCAAAUGAUGUAAAGGACAAGGAAGAUGGCAGCGGACAGGAGGAUGCGGAGGGCGAGGAAGUAGCGGAAGAGGAAGCGCCUAAGAAGAUAGGCGGUAAGAAGAGGGACGGGCCAGAGGACAAACAGAAGGAAGAGGCACCAGAGAAGAAGAAGAAGACCACCAAGGACGCCAAGGCAAAGCCUGAGCAGAAGAGCGAGCGCAAGCAGCCUUCGCGCGGUUCAGCCCGCACCUCCAAAGCAAAGAAGUAGGAUGUGUAUGUUGACUCGUGGCACUGUAUGUACAAGUCUCGCCU